AUGCGUGAUGAGAUUAUAAAACAUAUCCAGUCGGUGAUCCCAUCGAUCCCACUUCAUUUAAUAUCUCAGGGUGCGGAAGCAAUGAUAUUUCUUACUGAUAAGCAUCCAUAUCUACCCAAAGACAUCUAUCCGCGGGGUUUAUCAAACAAGAGCAAGUACGUAAUCAAGUAUAGGCCACGGAAGCCUUAUAGACAUCCGAAAUUGGACCGUCAAAUAACCGCUUCGAGAACAUCUUCGGAGGCAAGACUUUUACAUAAACUUUUCCUUUUAGGAGUAAAGGCACCAAAGUUGGUGGCUAUUGAUGCCCCAAACGGGCUGAUAUGGAUGGAAUUCGUUGGAUAUAAGCUCCCAGAUGGGAAAUCUAGCUCUUUAAAGAACUGGCUAUGGCUUCUAGAGAAAGAAUCCACACGACAAAACCAAGCAGCACUUUCUGAAGAAGUGAAGAAUUGCUUGCUGGGUAUCGGGCGCUUAAUUGGUGUGCUUCACUUAAAUGGAAUAGUUCACGGCGAUUUAACAUCAUCCAAUAUCGUUCUUGCCGAUAAAGAGACGCACAAACCCAGCCUUAUAGAUUUUGGUCUUUCUUCAUAUUCUGAGCUUCCUGAGGAUCGUGCCGUCGAUCUGUACGUUUUAGAGCGUGCACUCAAGUCUACUCAUCCUGUAUAUGCUGAAAAAUACUCGGACUGGAUCCUCGAUGGCUACCAUGAUGUCCACUUGGAGGAUGGAAAAAGUGGUGCAAGGAAGUACGCUGAUACAAUUGCCCGGUUUAAGGAGGUGCGGAUGCGUGGAAGGAAGCGGACCAUGGAGGGCUGA